GCCACUAAGCUGGAGGGUAGGCCUAGACUACUUGUGUCCUGUUCAGCAAGUACUAAUCAUGGCAAAUGGGAUAUGAUUAAGAAGAAUAAUAAUAAUAAUUUAAGAGGUAGGACCCAUACAAUGAAUUUAAUUUUAUAAUAGAUUUUUUGUGCUAAUUUCAUUUGAGUUUUCUUUUUCUGUCAUACUUUCAAGAAUUAAUAAGAUGUCUAUUUCUUUUGAAUUUAGUAUUUGCCAAAUUUCCUUUUUCUUUUUGGACUAGUGAUUAUUAAAAUUUUCUUGUAAGCUAAGAAUACUAUCACUUCCCACUUGAAGCAUAGCCAAUAAGGGAGAUAUCAUCUCCACAACUUGGUUGCCAUUAUAUUCCAAUGUAAAUUUUGUUUUGUAGAAAUUUCAACUUUUCUUCCUUAAAUAUCUAAUUACUUUCAAUGGUUUUCUCCUAGUUAUAUAUCAUCAAAUUCCCAAAUUUUCAUUUCUUGUCUUUGUGUUCCUGAAAGAAAAAAAGAGAGAGAGAAUACUUCAAUUGUAAGAAUUAAAUGCAUGAUUGCCCACAUGAAAACUUUGGCAUUCUUUUUGUGUUAAUUAUUUGUUGAUAUUAAAAUUGCAUACAAAUUAUAAUAAGAAAUGGUUUGCAUUUGAAGCAAUCCACCCAACAAAAAUAAAAGAGAAAACAACUAAUGAAGCCAAGCUUCUUUGUCUUGGCCAACUACACUAAAUAUAAAGAUGCAAGGACCCAAUGAAACCAGAGAGGGACAUGGUUGAAAACAUUGCUCAAACAACUCCACCUCCACAUCCACAACAGUUUUAGUUGGCCUAUCAAUUUAUCCAAUACACAAAACCCUCUUUGUUCCUCUAAUCUAUCAUAGAGCAGAUAGGAUAGAAAGAGAGAAAAAGAAAAACCCACAAAUAAAAACCCAUUAGCGCCAAUCUCCCACUUCCUCUUCAAUGGAAGAUAGCCCAAAAAUUCCCAUGGAAACUGCAGGCAACAUCAUCAGAAGAUCAAUCUAUAUUUUCCUUCAAAAUUAUCAGCACUUUUCCACUAUUUCAGCCCUUCUUGCUUUCCCUUUCUCAGUCUCAAUUCUGCUCUCACAAGCCUUAAUCCCCUCAGCAUCUCUCUUUCCAACAGUAUACAAUCGCUUGCAGAAUCUCUUCAAUUCUGCAGGAUUCCCUCCCUCAUCAGAAUUCUUCAGCAUUCUCAAUCUCAAGCUCUCUCAAACAAUCUCUUCAUCCUUCUUCACACUACCCUUCAUCUUCACUUUCUUUCUUUUCUCCAAAGCAUCUGUGAUCCAAGCUCUUAAUCACCAUAAAUUACCAACUUCACCACCUUCAUUCUCUUCUUUUGUUUCCAUUUUUAAUCCUCUCCUCCUCACAUAUAUCUGCAACUCCAUAUUGAUCAUCUCUGCAAAUGCAACGGCCUUCUGUCUCUUAUUCCUUUCAUUUAACAUUCUUGAAGGAUUUGACUUCUCUUCUCGCAACAGCUUUCUUCUCCUCUCAGCUGUCGGAGUAGUUGUUUAUUCUGUUCUUCUCGGCAAUGCACUCGUAAUAGGCAACUUGUCGUUGGUAUUAUCCGGCACAGAAAGGUCCGGCGGAUACCUGGCGAUUCUCAAGGCCUGCGUAAUGAUUCGUGGAAGGGCUUCAACAGCACUGGCACUUGCCCUCCCUGUCAACUUAUCAAUGGCUGGGAUUGAAGCUCUGUUCCAGUAUCGUAUUGUGAGAGUUUCUCACAGAGGCCAAACACCCACCUCUUUGAUGGCUCUGGAGGGAAUUUUGAUCGCAUAUUUGUAUUCAAUCUUUGUUGUUCUUGAUACCAUUGCUACUGUCAUCUUCUUCAAAAGCUGCAAGGCGAGUUCUUGCACAGAUCAAGAAGGCAGGUACGCUUACAGGGUUGAAAUUGCAGAGGAAGACAAUGCUGGUUAUGUGAGCUUAAAGGUCUCGCAAGAGCUUCCAUAAAUUAUCACAAGGACAAGAUCAAGUUUUUCUUUUUUUAAUUGUUAUAAUCUCUCGAUUUUUAUUCAGGGAUUCAUAGAAAUUCGCUUUUCAGACCCUCAAGUGGAUAAUUUAUCAACAAGCCAGUUUCCUUCUAUCCAGGUCUCAAAUUCUUUUUUGUUUUUUCUGAACCUGUUCAUAUGUAGAAUUUGGAAACUGUCAAGUUAUGAAUCUAAAGUUCAAAUUAUUUAUUUA